AUGGAGACCGUUCCAGAGACCGACGAUAUGGUUCAGACCUUCUGUAUCGGCCAACAUGAAACCAACCGCUUGGUUCCUGUAACACCACAAGCUGUUCAAAGCGCACACAGAAGCAAUUAUGAUAUGUUGACCACUCCCAUAACGACUUCGCACUUCCAUUCCCAAGUGCUUGCUCUACUCUCCUCACAUCUGUCUUCAUCGGAAAUACCAUAUCGGGACGCAGUUGGCACACUCAACAACUCUCGCAAUACCAAAGUUCUCACGGUGCCUCCUUUGUCGGCCGUGGAUACGACUCUUACCCCAAACGACUUAAUUAGCCAAGUAGUUGGCAUCACCAGUUCCUGGAUUGAUCUGUGCUCACCAGAUCCUUUGAUCGCAGAUGUUUCUCGCCAGAUAUUGAUGCUAGAGGUUGCCUAUGCAGCAUUUUGUGGUAUUAACUAUUUGAUUAUUCCCGGUCCUAGGCUCCAUCAUGGGGGGCUUCAUUCCGAAGGUCUCAUGUACUAUUCUAGGGCUGUACAAGAAGCCUUGAGUGUUGCCCCCUAUAUUCAGAUCCACAUCUGGUUGAGGAUGGUGGACAAUCCAGAGGCAGAGGUAACAGCCAUGGGCGAGCUUGCUCCGUUCGCUAGGGAAGAUUUUUCAGUGUCUGACAACGAUGUGCCUGGGAAGAUUGACCUUUUUGGGACUUGGGAUGCAUGGGAAAUCAUCAGAACCACCUGCAAGCAUCAUUCGAGAUUGUUUAUCGCUCUAACUCUUCCAAAACAUCUUCCGCCCAUUCAAGUGCAGACUAGGUGGUUUUCGGAGCCAGUCCACCUACUAACUAUCGAAGGGGCAAUUUUCAUUAAGAAUCAAAAAGGGUACCCAGUAUUAGCUAGAGCACAUCAAGCUCUCAUCUCUAGAUUCAUGCGUUUGCGUACGCCACCUUGGAUUUUGCUUUGCGAUGUUGGACCUGUACCUGGCUUGGAUGGCGAUGACGAAUUUCACCCAGUGAAUUCUCCUGCUGAUAGCUCGAACUUCCCUACUAUAACGCAGGCAGUUAACCAAGGAAAGAAGCAUUUCGAUCAAACCCCUCACCUAUCUUACAUGCGAAACCUUCAACAACGGCAACCUCCUCGAACUCCUAUCGAGCGUUUCGGCACAGGAUACCAAGAUUAUUUACAGGCACCCCUGCAACCAUUGACGGUCAAUCUAGAGAGCGUUACUUACGAGGUUUUUGAAAAGGAUCCAAUCAAAUAUGCAUGGUACGAGCGAGCUGUUGCAAAGGCUUUGAAUGAUUGGAUGGAGCAGAAAAAGCCAACCUCGAGCCCGGACGGCAAAGUUGUCGUCGCUGUUGUCGGAGCUGGACGUGGCCCUCUCGUAACACGCGCCUUGCGUGCCAGUGCGGAGACAGGAGUCAAAAUUGAGAUGUGGGCAGUUGAGAAAAAUCCUAAUGCCUUUGUUCUCCUCCAACGCCAUAAUGAUAGCAUCUGGAACGGGGCCGUUAACCUCGUCAAAUCAGACAUGCGCAGCUGGAAAGGCCCAUGUAGGGAAAUUAAUCACUCACAAUCAAAGGUCCCAGUGGGAGAGACCCUGGGCCUCGAUGAUGCUCUACUCUCAACGUCUCUUGAGCCAAAUCAGGCCACUGGUGAAUUCAAACACACGCCUGUCGAUAUUCUCAUAUCCGAACUGCUUGGGUCUUUUGGGGACAAUGAACUGUCUCCAGAAUGCUUGGACGGUGUGACGCACUUGUUAAACCCCGUACAUGGCAUUUCAAUCCCUUCGUCUUACUCCGCACACUUGACCCCUAUCGCUGCUCCAAAGCUGUAUGCCGACAUAUCUACGCAGAGUAUAUCUAACUCUGCUGCCCCUGAGACCCCAUACGUGGUCAUGCUCCAUGCGAUCGACUAUCUCUCAACCACUUCAUCUUCAACAGCAAACCCUGCAACCCAUAUGAGUAGUAGCAUAGGCAGCAAUAGCAACCUUGACUGCUACCCCUCCACCUGUUUUCGAGCCCCCAUACCUAUCGUCCAUACCGCAUGGUCCUUUUCGCACCACAACCCCAACAUCCCCAUUCAAUCGACAACAUCAUCGACAAUAUUCAACGAGCACAACACCCGUCAAAGCCGCCUCACGUUCCCGUGCCAGAACCGCGGCAUGUGCCAUGGCCUAGCCGGAUAUUUCGAAACAGUGCUUUACGACGAUAUUGAACUGUCUACCAAUCCGGUAACAAUGGAGAAUAAGAGCGAUGGCAUGAUUAGCUGGUUCCCGAUAUACUUUCCAUUGAAAACUCCGCUGUACAUCCCCGACAACGGCGAAAUCGUCGUCACCAUGUUCCGGCAAACCGACAACCGGAAGGUAUGGUAUGAAUGGAUGGUUGAAGUAUUCCGACUCGACCGCACAGCCAAUUUCUCGGGCGGCGGCAUCUCGAGUCCUCAGCGCAGUACUACACCGGUCAUGAGCGGUGCAAGAGUAGCCUCUCCCGGGGCCGGGAAAACAGAGCGGAAGGAGAAUAAUAAUGGGUACCGACGGGUUAGGGUUGCGAUAAGUGAGAUGCAUUCGAGCAUCAAGGAGGGGUGUUUGAUGUGA